UGGCUCCGGAGACUAAAUCGGGGCCACCGGGUGUCUCUCCGCCCGGAGCUGAAGGCUCCAGACGCCCUUUCCUGCCUCGAGCAGGAGCUCAGCGACAAGUAGGGGAAUUCGAAGCGGCCGGCAGGCACGGGGCGAAGGGCACGACUUUCCGCUGCUCCUUGGAGACCUGAGGGCAGGAGUCCAGGUGAUGAGGCGUCUUGGUCCCAUCCCCUCAACCAAAAAACGACCCAUUCUCUCCCCACCCCCCACCCUCCCCCCAGGCGGCAAGCUGCGGACACUGUUUUCCUUUCUUCCUCCGCCGUCUCUCUCCCUUUUUUAUUUUUAAAGAAAAUAGCCGCCCGGCAGAAGGAGCCCAGCUGCGGCGGUCUCUGGCCGCCCAGCGUGCUCAGCAAGGCGCCGCUGGUCCUCGGAACCCCUUUCCAGGGAAGAUGUGGGCCGCCGGGCAAAUUCUGAAACUACCCAGACGUGUCAGCGAGGGGCCUCGAGUGGGGCCUCCCAAUGCAAUAGCGGGCAUCUGGUGAUGAGGGGAAACGGUCUUGCCUUGAUCCCCAACUCUCAGAACCCCAAACCCCAGCCACCGGUUCUGUCGUUGCCACCGUCUCUCCCCUGCAACUAGGCCGCUUCGCCCCAGCCCCGCACCUCCUCUGGGGUCCCUGUCCUGCUUUGCCAUUCUCCGGGCCUGGGCUAAGGAGGAGGAGAAAGUCAGGAAGAGGAUCCCAAACUUCUAAGAGGCACAGAAGUGAAAGCUUCUCCGUGGAACCCUGGGCCCAGCCAUACCAGCUGCGCCUGGACGCUAUGCGUGGGCCACGGCAGCCCCGGCAGGAAGCAGGCCAGGCCGAGCUCACGGGGAAACGCGUUGCAGUAAUUGUUUUUCACACACAUCUUCCAGCCCUCCCCCCCAUUUCCGCCCCCAACACGGAGACUUGCAAAGCCCAAGUGAGGGAAAAGCAACUCAAUUUUUGAUCAUCUCAUCCAGAGUGAAAAUAAUAGUAAUGAUAAUAACACUAAUAAUAAUAAUAAUAAUAAUAAUGACAGGGAGAAGGGCACAGAUAGUCUAACCCCACUCCCAAGAAAGUGAGUGAAGGCUCAAGUGGGUCCCUCCUCUAAAAGACUCAACUCUGCGGGUGAGCCCAGGCCGGGUUUCCUUCUCGCCCGGCGGUUGCAGGGAGCCAGCAGGGAGGCAGCCGUCUCCGCCAUGGCAGUCUGCGGCCCGCGCUCCCGCCGAUCGCCGGGAGGUGGCGCGCUCUGCUCAGAGGCCGCCGCCAACCUUCUCCCUGUUUCUCCCCCUUCUCCGUUUUUCCCCCUCUCUUGGAGGCUCGCAUUGAAUCGGCCCUAACGAUUCUCGGAUCGUCAUUAUUUGUAACCAUAGAGCAUGAAUUACCUCUUGAGGUCAUCAGCGAGAAUUUACGACUGGUCAACAAAAGCACGUGAUUCCCUAACGCCCCCCCAUCCCCCUUCCAACCCCCCCCCAUAUUUGGCCGCAUACAUAGCAAAACGAAGUACAGUGCAUCGCUAUAAUUCAUUAAUACAUCAUAAAUCGUGAAGCACAGGGUUAUAACGACCACGAUCCACAAAUCAAGCCCUCCAAAAUCACCCAAAUGAGCUCGUACUUUGUAAACUCCUUCUCGGGGCGUUAUCCAAAUGGCCCGGACUAUCAGUUGCUAAAUUAUGGCAGUGGCAGCUCUCUGAGCGGCUCUUACAGGGAUCCCGCUGCCAUGCACACCGGCUCUUACGGCUACAAUUACAAUGGGAUGGACCUCAGCGUCAACCGCUCCUCGGCCUCCUCCAGCCACUUUGGGGCGGUGGGCGAGAGCUCGCGCGCCUUCCCCGCGCCCGCCCAGGAGCCCCGCUUCAGGCAAGCGGCGUCGAGCUGCUCCCUGUCCUCGCCCGAGUCCCUGCCCUGCACCAACGGCGACAGCCACGGCGCCAAGCCCUCUGCUUCGUCCCCCUCCGACCAGGCGACCCCGGCCAGCUCCAGCGCCAAUUUCACCGAAAUAGACGAGGCCAGCGCGUCCUCGGAGCCUGAGGAAGCGGCGAGGCAGCUAAGCAGCCCGAGCCUAGCUCGGGCACAGCCAGAGCCCAUGGCCACCUCCACAGCCGCGCCCGAGGGGCAGACUCCGCAGAUAUUCCCCUGGAUGAGGAAGCUUCACAUCAGCCAUGAUAUGACCGGGCCGGACGGGAAACGGGCCCGGACCGCGUACACCCGCUACCAGACCCUAGAGCUGGAGAAGGAGUUCCACUUCAACCGCUACCUGACGCGGCGGCGGCGCAUCGAGAUCGCCCACGCGCUCUGCCUGUCCGAGCGCCAGAUCAAGAUCUGGUUCCAGAACCGGCGCAUGAAGUGGAAGAAAGACAACAAACUGAAAAGUAUGAGCCUGGCUACAGCCGGCAGCGCCUUCCAGCCCUGAGCCCGCCUGGAGGAGCCCUGGGUGGCCCAAGAGCCCUUGCCGCCCCCCAGCCCUGGCCCCUCCAAGCCUCCCUGCGCUGCCACUGCCCGCUGGGGACCGGUUCCCAUGAGCCUGCCUCGCCCCGGCCUUGUGUUACGAUUUUUCGUUUGGUCUUAGGUCUUCCUGUGGCUCCCUCUCUCCUGGACUGGUUAAUCUUGUUAUUAUUGUUAAUAAUAAUAAUUAUUAUUAUUAUUUUCCCUCCCUGCUCCCCACGCCCCUCCACUCACCCCAAAUCCGCCAGUGUUUCUGAAUGUUCGUGUCUGUGGUUGCACUCCUUCCCCCAGGAAAGAAAGAAACUCGCAUGUUUAACGUGAACUUUCCCCUCCCCAUCUGUGUUCUUCUAACUUAUUUAUAAAGGAUGGUCGCUGUAUUUUGAGUUUCAGCUUGAAACUUCUCUAAGGGGCAGCUGUUGAGGUGGGGUAGUGCCGCAGUGUGGGGCCCAGCUGAGCUGGCCUCGGAGAUGGAGUCCAUGACUGUCUCUUUCCACCCUCCUCCUCCUCCUCCCUUCCCACUCCCCAGGCCCAAGUCUCCCAGUGGCUUGGUCCGGGGGUGGGAAGGGGGCGUGGAGGACCAAAGGGGUGAUCUUGAGAAGAGGGAAGGUAAACCGUGAGAGUUCAGUUCCUGCCGCCUGGGUAGGCCCCACAAGGCCUGGCCUGGGAGUGGACGGAAACAAAAAUAAUCCUCAGUGUAAAAUGUCUUGUGUAUUUCUCUGUGAAUCCAUGGGUCUGGAGUAGAGGGCCCAAAGCUUGUAAAUAUGGGGACAGUCUGGGUCAGACCCAUCCCCCCCCCAUUUCGCUUCCAAGACCAUUUGUAGUGAGCGAGUGGAUGCUGUGCUACGUGUGGAAUCUGUCUUUGCCUUUGCCGGGCCUGUCUCAGUGAUUCGCUUUUGGUAUUUGUUUGUAGCUUUCCUUGAAGUCAAAUAAAUGUUUCCCCCACUGCACUGCCCUUCCACUUGUCUUUUCUCUGGGGGCCUGUCUCUCCCAUCACUGGGCACACCCUAGACCACUCUUGACAGAUCUGGGGUGUAGGGAAGGGAAAGCAGGAUGCUCACCAGCAGCCCCUCUCAGCCACCUACACCCCUCGCUUGGUCAGCCGGUACUUGGGCCAGGGGAUUGGCCUUCAAGUCUGGGGGACUGAGAGGCCCAGAAAUGCCAUGUGGGGCUUGGGGCAAGGGAAAGGGUGAGCUGGAUUCCACCCUGGCCUUCCACCAGCCAGCAAGAAAAGCCUCUGGAAACCUCUUCAGGGAAAGUAAUGUGGGCCUAAGUCCUGAGCAGGAAGCUCCUGGCCUUUUGGGAGUGGUACUGGCCUGCCCAGCCCCCCUGUCCCCUGGCCCAAAUCCCAAUUCAGCUCCGCCACCCACUAAGACCAAAAAAAAAAAAAAAAAAAAAAAAAAAAUCAGCUCAAUUUCAAAGGUUUCCUCUCAACUUCAGUCUUCUCUGUACUUAGCGAGGGUUCCCUCUCUCCAGGGGCCCAACUGACCUUCCCUCUUGGUUAGGAGUUGGGGUCCCUCUUGGAACACCCCUGUUUCCCCUGCCAGCCCGAGUGUUCCAGGGUUAGGGCCCAGUCCUCCUCCAUCCAAGUCCGCCUUCACCCUGAGUGCAAGAGUCAAGUCUGGACACUUACCCGGUCAAUCCCUUCCAGCUUGGCCCAACUUCUUACAGGACUUGGGGGGAGGGGGAGCUGGUGAGGAGGCAGCCAAGGGUCGUAGAGGCUCUACUGGGCCCUCCUUCCCCCUCACCCCUUGACUUUGUCCCCCUUUGUCCAUAGCAAACUACCCCAAAAGUCGCUAUGACAUUUAGAUGUCAAAUGGAUAGGGGUUUUAUCUCGAAGUUAGAUCGUAAAAAUCGCCGAGAAGUCAGACAGAUACCCCUCACUGGCUCGAGAAAGUCACGUGAGGUCCAUAAAGUUAGUUUUAUGGUUUUGGGGAGUUGACACCGCGCGGUAUAUUUCACAUUCUCCAGAAUGUUAAGUGACACUUUAACUGCUCGCCGUGGUGGGGAAGGGGGCAGAGGUAGGUGAGCGCUCUCCCAGCCCAGAAGGCAGUGGCAGCACUCCCGCGGUAAGUGGCUUCCAGCUUUCGCUUUCUCCCCCUGCAAUUUUGGGGCUUGGAACCCCGGGCAGGAAAUCUUGCCUCCGGCAGGGCUGUAGCAUAGCAAGUGGGGGACAUUUCGUCUGCUUUUUGCACCAAGUUCUGACAGGCUGGGCAACUGACGUGGGGGCUCUCAUUUCUGUAAGGCCAGCGGUAGGGGUGCCUGGUUUUUAAGCACAGGAGUGUCUGACUCUUUGUGGGGGGAAAGGGGCUUGUGUGGGUUCCUUCAGUGUCCUUGGAAAUUUAGGGGGCGAGAGGGAAGGGUGUGUACUCCUGAAAGAAGGGCCCCUUGUGGGGGGGCCACUUCACUGCUGGAUAUCUUCAGACAGACAUCUCCCCACCCCCAGGAAAGAAACUUUAUGACAUUCAUUUGUCAGGGGUGUGUGUGGGCGCGCCGCUGGGCACUUUUAUCUGGAUACAUCUGAGCUGAGAAAAAGCACCGGGAAGGCUAAUGCGGCUGCUGUGGGCCGCCUUGCACUGGGGCUCUCUCUGGCUUUCAGAUUUUUGAACCCUGUGAAAGGGGGUGCCUCCCAUUUCUCCACGGCCUCAUCGGGGUUACCCAGGAUGGGGCGUGCGGGGCUUUUGCACCCAGCUUCCGCCUGUUAAUUCCAAGCCAGCCCCUUCCGCUUGGCUCUGAGGAGGGUCAGAGGGGCACAAUCCCCUCAAAUUCCAAACCUAAUUCCUGGCCAGGAGUGGGGGGAAGGGGGAGCCUUUUUCCCUUGCCUGGAGGAGUUAGGUGUUUCAGCAGAUCCCUGGCAGGCCCUCCAUAAAUAAAACUUGCUCAAGAACACAGACCCCAACUGUCCGGAGGGAAAAAAGGGACUCAGGAGCAGGAGAGAAAAAUCAGAAAGGUUCUCUCUUUCCUCUCCUCUCCCUCCCUCUUCUUCUCUCCCUACCAGACCCUUAAAAGCCCCUUUGUUUUGUGGCACCGCAAACCCAGAGGGAUUUCAUCAUCUGACCCCCAGGGGGCCUGUUAUUUUCUAAGGGUAAAUCACCCUCUUCUAAACUAGAGGCCUCUUCUCCACCAAACUGACCCCCGAUUUUAAGACCCAUGGGGUCUACCACCCUGUCACUCCUGUUUUUGCUAGCCCUCCCGUCUCUUGAUUCGGCUUACCAACUCCUGUGAAUAGUCCCUAGAAUUGGACAUAUGGCACCUUAAGGGGCUUCUGAUCUUUGGGACAAGGGAAUGGCCAUGAGAUUCCCCCCAUUUCCCUUUGAAGGACAUCUGCACUCUCUGCCUCUCUCCCCUCUUCCCUGUAGCCAUUCUCUAUUCCCUGAGCUCUCCAGUCCCUGCCCAGGCCUGACUUACAGGAGAACCUUCACGGGUUUGAGAGCAAAGAGGACAGAGAACUUGGGGUCCUCACCCUGAUUUGAAGACAAAUCCCCCCAAGAAUGAUGAGGCAUUUGUAUUCCUUGGAAAGGAGACUCUGGUCAGCUCCCAGAGGGUCCCCAGCAUCAUUUAAGAUACCAAUACAUUCUGGAGGCACAGCCUCCACAGGCUUCCACUCUGGACAAGGCAAAUGAGUUGAGUAAGGUGCAGAGGAAGGGUGCAGCAGGGGCAGAAUCUGACCUGGGGCCUCCUGGGAACCCCCAUUCCCACGGGCCUGGCCUCCCUCCAAUGCCGAGCCCUCUCGCAGAAACCCCAGACCACCAGGCCUGCCCCUGAAGACUUUUUUUGUCCCCUUCUAUGUCAGCUCUGCAAACUCUGAUAGCGACCCAGGGACAUCUGCUGGGCAUAUCUAGACAGAUUUUCCGGAAUGGUGAAGAGCAGCCCCGGGCGGGGGAGGGUGCCCACUUCCGCCCCGGAGGUUAAAACCCUUGAAGGGUCUCCUGCUCUAAGCGGUUCCGGGAAAAGACUCCCUAGCUGGUUUUCCUCUUCCCUGCUUCAGGUUCUCUGGGUAAUGGUCUCCCUUGAAACCCAAUAAGGAUGUGUGUGUUGCGGGGGGAGAGGUAAGAAGGGGUUUCUGGUGCAGAGGAACUCUUACUCCGCCACAGACCCGUGCCCUCCCCUCCUGCCUUCCCCAAGAGAUUCUCUGGGAAAACCGCUCCUCAAUCUGGAGGACUCUUUUCUCCCUCCUCGCCCACCCGCUUCUCCCUCCUCUUCUGGGUCCAGGCCUCAACCUUCUGAGCUCCAGGCUAGCACCCUGCAGCCAAAUGCUGCCGCCCAGCCACCCAGCCACCCAGCACCCUCCACCUGGGCAGGCCUGAGGAGGCAGCCGGGCAUUAAGGCCCCAGUUGCCUUUUUCCCUCCAAAGCCUGCCUGACACCUCUCAGCGGACAAUUUGAUUUUGGAUUUUUUUUGUUUGAUUUGGUUAUUUUGUUUUGUUUUGUUUUGUUUCUCUGCGUGCGGGGUGGGAGGAAGUAUAAAGAAGUGUAAACAGGAAAGCCAGCCGGCCCUGGAGUUCCGAGAGCCCAUAUUUCAUCGGCUUCCUCUCCAUAACUGCAGCGGGGACACUUAACCCUUCCCUGGCUGUGAGAACGUGUUCACUGGGGAGAGGGGGGGAGGCAGGGGGUGGGGGCAAGAUCCAAGUGGGAGCUCCUCUCCUGGCCUGGUUCCUUCAUCCCUGGAUGCUGGGGCAGAAGCCAAGGAUUUGGAACAAGAGAGAAGACAGACCACUUAGAACGAUCUCCCAAACUCAGUCCCUUCCAGGGUAGAGAGGAAGAAGCUCCCCUGCAUGGGCUUCUCAGCUUGGGGACCAAUUGGAUCAACCAAGGAGGACAGAGCUGGGAAGAAACCCUCCCAUCUUUUAGGGUCACUCUCUCCAUUUUUGGAGUUUCUAGAAGUAAUCAGAUUUCGAGGCUGGGAUCUGCCCACAGCAGGAUUUAUCGAUUGCUGCCGUGCUGUUACACAUCCGUAUUAAUUAACCCAGACACCGGCCUGGAAACUGAGCCGCUUGGGGAGGAGGAGGGAAGAAAUGGGGGCCCCUUAAGGAAAAUGGACAUUUCUCCCUAAGUGCCCCUGGGGCCCAGAUCGGAGAGUCCUUCCCCACCAGAAUCGUGUGGCCUUCCCCAGGCUUGAGGUCCCUGCACUUCUCAGCAGGGGCAAGUGUGUCUCACUCCCCACAGUCAGAGUCCACACACAAAUCUUCUCAGUGGUGGACUUAAACACCUCUCAGGCCUGACUCUUCCUUGUCAGACGUAGGCUGUCCUCAGAUGGAUGGAUCUUUUGGUGGAAGUUCCCAGGACGUCCUUUCUAGAGGGCUUCAGGACUCCUCCCCACCUUCCUUCCAACUUCCCCAAGGUAGAAGCUUUUUAUGGCCUGGGGGCUUGUUUUGUUUUUCGUGCUUGGUGGUGGUAGCGAUGGCCUCCCCCUUCCUCUCCCCCCUCCCUCCAAAAAGUGAUUAAAAUCUGUUAAAGGAUUUAAUUAAGACAGUUAAAUGAAAAGGAAGGAGGUGCAAAUGAGUUGGGGGAAAAAACCCACACCAAAGCUAUUCUCAACGAUUAAAUCGCCAUUUUAACCAUAUAAUGGAGUUUGCAUCCUGAAAGGGGAAAUCAACGCUCAUAUCUCAUCAAUAAUUCAUAGAGUCCGGGAUCACGCAGAGGUCAGCAGACGGGGCCGGAGCGCUCGGGGCUCCGCGCCGCUGCCGCAUACAUUACGCGCCUCGGGCCGCGAUGCCGUCACCUCCGCCGCUCGGGCUCGGACCGGGGCCCCGGCAUGCCGACAGGUUUAGGCCGAUUUUUCGAUUUUUCGUUCUUCCUUUUGGUGAAUUUACUGAGACCCAGAUUGGCGGGCUCCCGGGGGGAAGUUUCGGAGAUUUAGGAGACUUGGAGAGAUUGGACUUCGGGCAAUUCGGGACCUCUCGGACCGGAAUAUCACCCCCUUUCCAAGUUUUAAUCUCUCCCCCACUUUUUUUCUUCUUCUUUUCUCUGUUUAAGGCGUCUUCUGUCCUGUCUCUUCUCUUCCCAAAUUUCCUCUCCGAGAGGAAAAUGCACUCUCUGCAGCAUCCUCUAGCCUCUCUUCCCUGGAAACGGCUCCCAGGCUGCCCGGCCGCUCUCUGGCCUUGCUCUCCGUGUGGAUUCGGGCUGAGCCCACAUAGCUUCGCCCCGGUUGCAGCCUCUGAGUACCGAGGCUGCCUUUGAUUGUUGCGAUCCCUGACCUCAGAGCCCCGUUGGGUAGGGAUGAAUGCAUCUAGGGAGGAAAGGGACCUGGCAGGCCCCAGUGCAGCUUGCUUAGUCAAGAGAUGACCCAGGCCAGGUGGGAAGGGGAGGAUUCAGCUUGGAAGGCAGCAUCUGGGGGAAAAGUGGAGGGAAAGUGCCAGCAUGUGGGAACGUCUCCCCUUGGGGCUUGAAGGCGAGAUGCAGGAUAAGCCCUAUAUUUUGGAGCUUCUGCAGGCUUGUUCCAUUCUCUCUGUGUGUCUCUCUCUAAUUCGCUCUCUUCUGCUUUCCGACCCCUAAGAGGCCCCUAGGGAAGGGGGAACGAACCCUUCCCUGUGAGAAGUGGGGUCCUGGGAGGGGAUAUUUGGGCGCAAGGGAAACCGAAAGAGCGCGGGUCGCUCGUGCGGCCGCCGCGCCGGCCGAGAGGCAGAGGCUGUAACGUCCCCGAGCUGCCAGUAGAGUCCGCCUUAGACCAAGUUCACAGCCAGGCUGGGGCCUCGGAGGCGCCAGCGAGCGGCCCUGCAAGGUGGCCCCGGGCCCGCUGGGUCUCGCAUGGCCUGGACACUGAGCUCUCUCUUUCCAGCCCUUUGGGGACUGUGGCCCCCUCCGCUCUCAAGGAACCCUUGCUCCAAGCUCUCUCCACUCUUCACCCCAGAAACUCCCUUCUCCAGGUCAGCCGACGCGUCCUACUGCACCCCGUAUGUCCCCACGCCCAGCAACCGCGGCCCCGUUCCGGGACAAGAAUGGAGCGGGUGGGUCAUCAAAAGCUUUUCCAGGCACUCCACAGGAGAGACCCGUGGAAAUGCAGGAAGUGGGGUCGAUGCGGGAAGUGGGGUGGCGUCUUUUCCCAAGGCGUUAUUUAAUAAUCAAAAGGCUCCUCUUCCCCAGA